AUGGUUCGACCCCUCCCGCGGGACGAGUUCCCACGCCAGCCGUCGUUCCAGCCAUGUUUUCCUCCUACCACAAGGCAUGCCUCAUUCUCGCAGGAGAGAUAUGUUGCCGAUGCAGUACAACGACCUGAUUCUUUCCUCCAAGACCGCUACGGCCUCGAUCCAGGGGACAGUCGCUAUCAAGAGCCGUAUGACUUGCACCGACGUCAACCCCCAAUGGCAAUUCCCGAGGCGCUCCGUUCACAGUGUGGGAUUGCUGGAAAGCAAUACUUCGUUGCCGUUAUGAGUGAAGAUGGAGAGCCGAUGACAUAUCUCAGCCCACCUCAGAAGCUAGACGCAAUCACGAUUGGCCAGUUUUUUGACAAAGGCAAAUUUCAACAGGUCAUGGCUCGAGUUCAUUCUGGUAAGAUCAAAAUAUAUGCUACCUGGCAAAAGUUGAGGGAUGCGCCACACUGGCUUGAUGCUGAUCAUACACCAUCCUCUUUUCUUGUAGGCGCUGAUCCCAUAUUGGAUAAUGGACUGCAACUCGAGGAUGCCUCUUUUAGCAGAAGUGGUAGUUUUGGACGUAUGCGACCCUCGGAUCGACGUCGCAGCUCUAUUUUUGAUGAUUUGGAAGGGCCUACACGAUCUGGACGCAAGCGACCUCGACCCCGCCACCCAAUCAACGACGACGACGAUGUGCCGAUGACGGUAUCAUCACGAAAAGGAAUCAAAGUUGGUGAUGGUGAUGCAGUAUGGAACUUCUACGAACAACGGUUCAAGAACUGUCAACAGACUGCGUGCAAGUUGAUAGCCAAGGCAUGGGUUAAGGCUGUAGAGCCCAAGAAACAAUCAACACAUCCAUACACAGGCAGCGACGAAAAGGCCCCAGAUUGGUGGCCAAAGCCAUGGGGCCCUACAAAAGACGACAAGGUCAGGCACAAGGAGCCGGAUCAUUUAUAUAAACGAGAACGAGUCCAUCUACUGGCGCAUAUAUUGAGGCUUGUAAUUGAGCCCAAUGGCAGACAGCAUAACGAUAUUCAAAAACUUGGCCUCAAUGUGAAGAAGUUAGAAGAAACAACUGCUGAAGCCCUAUCAUCAUUCUUCAUGGACAACGACACCAACGCCAAGAAAAAACCGUAUUUAACUGAGAUUUUCAAGAUGGCCAGGCAAGAAGAACGUUUCAAGAACGGCGAGAUUGACGGAUCCACCGAAGUGUAUGUGAUGGCGGAAGAUAAGCUUCCUGAGAACUAUGCCUCCGAAAACGAAGACGGAAAUUUUCCCAAGGAUGAGGAGGAUCAUGAAUUGCAGCGUCCCAAGGCCAACACGCAGCAUCACUGCGCGGUCCAAACGCCAACGACUGGUCCUGGCUCAGCACAAACAUUGCACGGUGGCCAUGGCCCGUUCACCGGUGAACUACCCGUCCGAGGGCAUUCCUUCAAUCCCAGCAUGUUACCGGCAGACAUACCGUCUCAGCCACAUACCUUCAUGGACAGCAACGGCAUCACCGUCACAGAUCAAACCUCGGUCACUGCCCCUAGCGGGCCCUUAGCCCUGGACAUGGUGACCAGCCCCCACGAUACCAGCCGGCGGCCGUCAGUCUUCAGCGAAUACGCUAGCCCAGGAGGUAGCAACAUGUAUGCUCAGCAAUGGCAACAGCCUCAGCCUGGGUCAACUGGCCCAGGGCAAGGUUCAAUGUAUGCAUACACCCCUACUCAGGGCAAUCCUCAGCAACCCCCCUAUAUAGGCCAAGGAGUUCCCAUGAAUCCCAAUACGCCAUUUAUAGGGGGCUCAUUUGAAGGAUCUCCACGACCAGAGUAUGAGGCAAACGGGCCCCCGAUAUUCCGAACAGGAGAUAUGCCUCAUCCCCCGGUUAAUCAAUCCCAAGGGUACUAUGUUCCCAACGACGGUAGAAGCGGGCUGCGAGUCAUCACCCAAGUGGUAGACGGUGUUUCCAGAAACCAAAUGCAAUAA